AAACAAUCUAGAUCGAUCUGGAUUACUGGUGCAAAUGCAUGCAAAGGUGCUCUUCUAAGUUUUGACGCACGCAUAGAAAGCCUGGGUGCAAAAUCAGGAAGUGAGGUGCUGGUAUACAUCUGUCGUUCUGGCCAAGAUUUGCGUGCAUGCGUGCAUCGGCUAUCUUGAGCGCAAAGAAUUUGUACGAGGUGGCCAGCAAUCUGCAAAAACAUGGUAUUGGCCACAAAGUGCAGAGAACAACAUGGAAGGAGGACUCUUUCUGGACGAUAACAGGCAUGAAGCCGUCGUUGGAUGGCAAGCAUGGAAAGGCAUUUGGUAUCCUCACAUGGAGAGGCAGGAAAGAAUCUGAGGAGCCCAGGAGAGUGAAUGGCACGCUGAAGAGGGUUUGGAGAUGCAUGGAUGAUGCCCCGGUGGAAUGGGUCACGCUGAAGAAACCAUCGCUGUCAUCAGGACAAAUGCCUGACAGCGCAUCCGCUGAUACAGCUGCUGCACAAUGAUCUGACUUAGAGGAGCACAUGGAAAACAGUGACCUGCAGUGACGUCCAAUUGGUCUCGGUGGCAGAGCACUUGUUACAUGAAGUCUCUUUCAUCCUGGAGGUAUUGUGUGGAUCUCCUCAUCCCCAGUCUGAUUCAAGGUUGUGACUUCUGACAGCCAUCACCGAUUGCCAUCUGUGUUGCAGCAAAGCAACGGCGUGUACUGACACAGGAUACCUGAUAGAUUAAUAUUACCAACAGAAACAACAAUGACAUGACAUGACAAGCCAUUCAAGUAAAGUCCAGUGAUAAUUACACACAAGAGCAUUACAUGCUGUGAGUGUCAAAGACAACCCC